ACAUACUCUUGAGUCUUGACUCUUCUUCAUUCACUUCACUGUCCCUCCCACUUUUAUUUUUAAAAAAAAAGCGCUUUCUAUCUCUUUAAUAAUUUUUCUCUUCCUUCUCCAGAAUUCUUCCAACAAAAGGUCAAGCUCAAUUUCCAUUUCCAUGGAUCUGUAGGGAAAGAACAGUUAGAAGAUAAAAUCUUAUAGCAGUAACUAGUCAUGGACAAUUCAGAGCAGAAUCAACAGCAGCAACAUGUGAUGGGAGUUGCGCCAAACGAUAGCCAAAUGACCUAUUCUUCUCACUACCAGACUGUUCCCAUGAUGGCUUCUGGCACACCUGCUGGCGCUAUUCCUACCGCAACACAUCCUCCCGCAACCUUCUCUAAUUCCGCCCACCAGUUCGCAUACCAGCAAGCACAACAUUUCCACCAUCAACAGCAGAAUCAACAACAACAGCAGCUUCAAAUGUUUUGGGCAAACCAAAUGCAAGAGAUUGAGCAAACAUUUGACUUUAAAAAUCAUACUCUCCCACUUGCCCGUAUAAAGAAAAUAAUGAAAGCUGACGAAGAUGUCAGGAUGAUUUCGGCAGAAGCUCCAGUUGUAUUUGCUAAAGCAUGUGAAAUGUUCAUAUUAGAAUUGACUUUGCGAUCUUGGAUCCACACAGAAGAGAACAAGAGGAGAACACUACAAAAGAAUGAUGUAGCGGCUGCUAUUGCAAGAAAUGAUGUUUUUGAUUUCUUGGUUGAUAUCAUUCCAAGAGAUGAAUUGAAAGAAGAGGGGCUUGGAAUCGCAAAGGGUACUAUUCCAAUAAUCGGCGCUCCAGCUGAUAUGCCAUAUUAUUAUGUCCCACCACAGCAUCAUUUAGGCCCUACAGGGAUGAUCAUGGGAAACCCAGUUGAUCAAGCAGCACUGUAUUCUAACCAGCAGCCUCGACCUCCUAUGGCUUUCAUGCCCUGGCCAAAUGCACACCCUCAGAAACAGCAACCACCGCAACAAACAGACUCUUAACGAAUAUGGCGAUUCAAUUCAAUAAGGUUGCAAAGUACAGUGCUUAUUUUGAUUUUUAAAAUAUUUUUCCCUUGAAUGUGUUAUUGUAGGCAUUUGUGAUUGUAGUGUUGUUUACUUUUCAGGUAUUGCUGUGUAAGUUAAAUUCGUUUGCCGUUGUCCAUAAGUCCAUAACUAGCUAGUUACCAAUGAUUAGGAACUUUGAAAUGAUGAAAAUGUUUGUACUGCUAUCAAAUUGAAUUUAGUUUUUGUA